AUGCCGGACAUCUCGCCGGCUAGCCUCGGUGAAUCGUCGCGCUCUGGCGCCGCAGACCCGUCUCCAUCCGGGGCCGACUCGUCGACGGAUGUUGGUGGAUCAAGCUCAAAGCGCGCAGGCAACGAAGCCGCAAAAGACGAGGACCCCGGCUCGCCGCCGCCCAAGAAGCAAAAGUUCUCCCGUUCACGCACAGCGUGUCUGCAGUGGCCAACAGAGGACGGUCGUUCGUCCAAGGCCAGGCUGCAGCGGUACCGCAGCGCGCAGAUUCAAGCGAUGGGCGGACGCGGAGACAUCGACAUGAAGCCCGAUCUCGGCGCUGUACCAACUUCAGGAAGCAGCGGCGUGGCUGUUGCUUCUGGAGUGGGCAGCGUUGCACCGCAGGACCUGCUGGGCGAGGGAUGGCUUGACCGUCUUCUUGCAGGCGGAUCGCCCGCGUACUCCAAUGCUACUGCUGGGGCGAGCAGUACGACCCCGCGUGCUCCUUUCCAACAGUUUACCAACCCGAUCGUGCCGCAACAACAGCAGCAGCAGCCACAGCGUUUCCCGUUUUCUCCCACUGGAGGAGGGGCUGCUGAAAGCCAGUUUGCCGCCCCGCUCGGUAUGCCUGCCCAAGUGUCGACUCCAGGCUUCUUCCAGCAGUUUGCCAACCAGAACUCGGUAGACCCAGCGCAGUUUGUGUGGGCCGUCUCUUCGCGCCUCCCCACGGUCGAGGAAGGAAGCCCCAACGAUGAGCGCAGCAUCGCUUCGGACCCAUCCCCUGCCAACAUGGAUCCUGUACAGCGCGCGGCGCGCCAGGCUGCACGAGACGCCAAGGACAAGCGCGAAGAGGGCAAGACCGUCAAGGUGUCGUGGUGGCGUCCACAUGGACAGACGGCUAUCGCGCCUGGUUUGAAGAAGAUUACCCUCAAGGUGCGCGUCAACACACCACAGGACACAUGGCAGAAGGCGUCCCCGCAAGUGACAGUUCCCGGCCCCGGGGAUACUCCGCAAGAGCUCAUUACGACCGACGGCAUGCCGUCUGUCAUCAUCAUGCGCCACCUACUGGACGUUUUCAUGACGCACUUUGGGUCCCAGUUCCCAUUCUCAACCCACCCUGCGAUCGCCCUGCCUGACCUCCAGCCAUACGAGUACGGCAAUGUGUUCUAUACCCGCGCCAAGGCAUUGCUCGGCUCCAUGCUGGGUAUCCCAUCGCGCGAGACGGUCGCCGCCUUUGUGCUCCUUGCGCACAUGGGCUUUGCCGCGGACUCGGAGUGCGAGGUCUGGAUGAUGACCGGUCUGGCAGUGCGCAUGUCCAUUGACUGUGGUCUGCACAUGACCCCGCCGCAGGACUCGAGCAUGUCGGCCGACGACCGUCGUCUGAACAGGCUGGUGUUCUGGUCCGUGCUACUCAUGGACUAUGCCCUGUCCUUUGGCGUCGGUCGCCAGACUGCCUUCCGCCCAGACGACAUUACCCAGACUUUGCCGACAGACGAGGACCUCAACCCCGCAUCGGCAUGCACACCAACCGCGGCUGACACGCCCCGCUCACCCUUCCUGUUUGCAACCAAGAUGAUGCUGUCGUAUGGCCCGCUCAUCAACAUGCUCAACCGCGGACGCGGCGGUGACCGCGACGUCAACGCAGCUCGUGCAGCAGCCAUUCGCGAGUACAACCGUCUGCCGGCAGACAUGCAAUGGAACGUAGGCAACCUGCAACGCCAUUCGCGCAACAACCAGGGCUCCAUCUUCCUCCACCUGCAUCUCUGGAUGCACACUAUCAUUGCGUCUGGGUACCUCACCGGCUCCAACCUGUUGCGGCGGCAAGCGAUGGACAAGCCAGUCAAGGCUGGCCAGGCCGGACUGCGGAGCGGUGCUGUCACGCCCAACACUGCGACUACGAGUUCGCUGUGGCGCAACUCGGCGCGCACGAUUGGCGACAUUCUGGUCCUGUCCGACAUUAUCAACCCGUACGCAUACUUUGCGCUCCCGUUUGUCAACCAGGCCUUCUUCGUCGCUGGAUGCUGCUACGUCAAGGAACAACAUGCGCUUCUCCAGAGUCUCCCUGCGUCGCGCUCGGGAUCACGAGCAGGCUCGCGCGCCACUUCGCCAAACCACAGUGGCCCCUCGCCGGCCAACAACCUGACCGUCCCAGGGCUGAGCAUGACGAGCAUGACCCAUCACAACAGCAACGGCGACAAGGAGCAUAACGGCGGCGGCGGCGACGAUGACGACGAGUCCAACGGACACCAGGAGUCUGAGACGAGCGCGGUUGAGGAGGUCGCCCCGCGCGCGGGUGUCGACCUGUCGCGCGCUCUCCUCACGUCUGUGGCAACCACCAACAUCUCCACGUUGCAGCAAGGACUCGCCAAGCUGGCAAAAUACUGGUACGGCGCCGAGUGGAUUGCCGGCACGCUCCAGCAGCGCAUCGAGGGCAUCCACGACGUGGACCUCGUGUCUGUGCGCGAAAACUUUGCGUCGUUUGUCUCGUUGCCCGAUGCCGGCCUCGUGCGUGCUGGCGCAGCCGAGUCGACUCCAGCCCCGCACGACAUUGAGACGCCGUUCGUCCCCGAGAUGGACCUCGGCGACCUCGAUUUCCUGUCCUUGCCCUUUGACCUGGGUGUCGAGGGAAGCGCGAACGUGGUGGAGACAGAGGUAUCUAUUCCCCAAGUGUUCCCUCCAAGUUGGGUACGUUAG